UACCGAAACCCAAGAAGAACGUGACAGGAAAUAUCUAUUUUCUAUGAAUGCAGCUCCAAGACGGGGUGAAUUUAUUCUCAAACAAAUGGAAGAAAAGAAAGAAUUGGAAUCAAAACAAUAAUUUAUAAUAUCAACAUAAUGAAUACAAGAAAAGCAAAUUUAAGAAAACUACGUUUACCCAGCACAGAAACCAAAAAUGGCCUACGAAAUGGACACCGUAAGCCUGCAACAACUAUUUCCAAAUUUUUUUGUACCGAUCCUGACAAUAUUUUGGAAGAAGUGGACAGAAAAGAUAAAGAUGCGACUAUGGCAUGUUCUGAACCAAUGCCAUCAUCCAUUUACUACUCACCACCUUUGCCAUCACCAACUGAUAAACCUGAGGAGGAAGUGCAAGAAAAAAUAACUCGAUCCACUCGAACUAAACUCAAGACAUUUAUCCCAAAAGACAAGCGAAUGAAGCCAGCUGCUGACAAUCCCCUUACAGACUUUCUAAAAAUAACAAAUGACUUUGAAUCUCCACCAGGCAAAAAUAUAAAAGUCGCCCCAAAAAUUAAAGAAAAAGCCAAGCCUAAACCAAAACCAAAAUCAAAAGCAAAACCGAAGAAGCAGCAAACAAUCAAAAGUGCAUUCUUUCAAAAUGAAGAACUUUUCUCUGAUGUUGCUGCUCAGCAUUGUCUAGUUGAUAAUGUCAAUCCGGAUGAAAUGCAAUUGGCUCUAGCUCUUUCUCGUUCAGAGGUAGAACUAACAGGGUCGCCGGCAGAAGGCAAAAGCACAGGAAACAACGAAGGUAUCCGAGAUAAACUUAAGCAAUUUGGCUUUCAAGUAGCUGAGUCUGAAGAUUAUAACUAUACAACAAUGUAUAAGGUGACCAAAGGCAAAAACAAAUGGGCCAACAAAUUCACAUCCUUAACACUUCGCGAUCCUAAGCGGCAGUUAGAAAAAGUCAAUCAAAAUAUUGAAAGAAUUUUAAAAAAUAGCAUAAGUCCAAAUCUUUUAACGAAUGAUGAAGAUUUGGCGUUUUCUUUUUCUGUGCAAUCUACAAUUUUGAUACCAUUUGUUGCUACAAAUCGUAUUCUUCAAUCAGAUCCAAGUGAAAGAUUAGAAACCAUCGACUUCUAUGUGCUUAGUCUCUUUGAGCCUUCAAAAACAAAACCAGGACAUUUAUUAAAAAAUAUACGUCGAAUACCAGGACGAGAUAAAUCACCUGUUUAUAAAAAAUCUUCUUCUGUAGCAGAUGCUGGCAUUGAUCUGGAUGAAAAUGAUUCAGAAGGCGAAAUAUUACCUGAGGCAAUAAAGUAUUCAUCAAACGAAGAUAAUAUAAUGCAUGAAAUAGAUCCUCAAUUACAAAGUCCGGUAAUAAAAAGAAUCCGAGCAGAAAGUCCUGUUGACUUUGUAUUGUUAUCGAACAAAGACAAAAGUUCAAAUGAUGCAAUAGAGUAUUCACCACCCUCACUUCCAUCAACAAUAAGUGUUCCAGGAGCAGAUGGAUCACCUAUGACUAAAACACCCUAUAAAUCCUCUUCUGCAGCAGAUGCUGGCAUUUACCUGCAUGAAAAUGAUUCCCAAAGCGAAUUAUUAGCUGAGGCAACAAAGUUUUCAUCGAAGGAAGAUAAUAUAAUGCAUGAAAUAGAUUCUCAUUUGCAAAGUCCAGCUAUUAAGAGAGUCCGAGCUGAGAGUCCUGUUGACUUUGUAUUAUUAUCGAACACAGAAACAAGUUCAAAUGAUGCAAUAGAGUAUUCACAACCUUCACUUCCGUCAACAAUAAGUAGUGUACCAUAUGAUUCUAAACAACGUCGUAGAAAAACACCAAGUAUUCUUGGAAUACAGAAUACGCCAAUCGAUUCUGUUACUUGUUUCAAUUACUGUGAAAAAGAACUAAGCUUUAAUUUCGAUGAAGAACCAUUAAAACAAUUUAAUACAACAUUGAUAGAUGAAAUUACCUCAGCAACGUCGACUUGUACAAAUGAUAAUGAAAUUGAAUCUCAGAUACAAAUAAAAACGAUAAGAUCAACUUCACCUGACAUAUUUGCUGAUUCAGAUGUUGAAAUGGAAACAGAUGAUGGAAGUGAUAUGGAAAAACUUAAAUUCACUUCUAGUGAAGAUCAUAUUGAAACUUAUGAAAUAUUUUCAAGUGAUGGAGUAAAGACUUCUUCGGACUCUAAAGUUGAUUCUUGCGACAAAAACCACAAUUCGUUAAUAGUUACCGUUGAUUUAACACAACAAGGCAGUGAAACAAGUUCGCAAAACUCUGCAACUCUUAUUCCAACAGCUGAAUCUCUUCAACCAUAUCAGGAUCCCAAUGACUUACCAUCAACCUCAUUCGAUUCACAAUUAAACGAACAAACAUUAAUCAGAACAAAAUCGUUUAAAGAACCAAACUCAUCAUUGGAAAAUAGUAUUUUAUUGGAAAAAUCAACUGAGAUCAAGAGAAUUAAUGGAUUUUCAUUUGGCAGUACUGCUUCCGACGAUUUCUCUAAAUCAACUUCAUUUAGUAAAGAAACAAAAGAAAAUUCAAUUGAUUUAACACAAAACGAUGAUGACGAGCAUGAAAGCAUUGACUGCAUUGUCCUUUCCGACGAUGAAGUUAAUUAUUCUAUUCGUAAGGCUGACAAAUCAUUGCAUUUGAAAGAUGAGAAAAGUUCAACCGAUAAAAGUUUUGAGUCUACCGAUUCAAAAGACAAUCGAGAAUUUUCGUUUGUUGAUUUCGUUGGUGCUACUCAACCUCUACCACCAACACAAAGUGAAGAAUUUGAAUUGAGUUUCACAAAAACACCAAACAAGUCGGUGAAUUCUUUGGACAUGGAUCUAAGUAAACGCUCUGAUUUCGGCAUUCUUGAGGAGCAAUCUCCUUUUAAGACCCCAACAAGAACGCCCAAGAAAACACCUCGAAAAACACCACGAUCAACACCAACCAAAUCACCAAAAACUCCUAAAAGCACAACCCCUAAAUGUCGUCGAGCUUUAUCCGAAUCAUUUUUAGGUUCACCAUUAGAGCCAAGUUCAGCUCCACUCAAACGAUUCUCAAGCUCAAACAAAUUCAAAGAAUUUACAAAAAAUGUUGAUGAAAGUUUCUCCGAUUUGGAUGACAUUGAUAAGCUUAUUUAUGGGAGUCCUGAGAAAAAGAUUUACAAAAAGCCUACUGGCUUAACUCAACUUCUAACUGGAGUUAUAAAUGAGAAAAUAAAAACUCCCGAAAAAGUUAAAGAUAAAGAAGUGCCACAAGAAUUCGAUUUCAAUGGUCGAACGUAUUUAGUUAGAACGAUUGAUGUCACACGCAGACCAAACUUUGCAACAAUGGAUGAAUCAGAAUUGUUAGAUAGACUUUAUAGAUAUGGAAUUAAACCGUUGAAACGGAAACAAGCCGAGAAAAUUCUAGAGUAUAUUUACAAUCAGACACAUCCUCGGUUGGUUGAUGAGGCCGAUAUACCCUCAACAGGCGGUUCAGAUUGUGAUAUUAAUGUGGCUUCACGAGGUGUUGGAAAUGAAAGCGACACUGCUGAUGAUGUCGAAAUGAGUGAAGACAUAGUAUCUUCUUUAGCUGGUUCUAAGUUUAAUUUAAAAGAUUGUUGGGGACAUAUUCUCGUCUCAGAUACUAUUCCAUCAAUAGAAAUUAAAGAUGAGCAAUACUUUUUUCAAACUAAUUCCAGCAAAAAGAUAUCAACAGCUCAACUGCCAUUACACAUUGCAUGGUAUAAUUUAUUAAAAUCCAAUACACAACUGCAUGAGGCAAUAUUAUAUUAUGAACCAAUUGAUUUGCAAGAAGUUUAUCUAUUUUUGAAAAGCCUUGGAUAUCGUUAUGAUCCUAAGGAUAUCAAAUACUUUUUCGACUCCAGAUCGAUAAUAUUUAGAUAUGAUGUGAAAAAAUCAGAAAGUACUGCUACCAAUCGACAUGUGCGAAAGAAAAGACAGAAAGUGAAAAAGUAAAAUUCGAAAUAUUGACAAAAAUAAAAUAAGGGAAACUAGGUGAAUGUACAUUUAUAUUUUUUUGAUUAUAAGCUUGCAUUUAUGGUGUAUAUAAAUCAAAUAAAAAGAACCAUUAUUUAUAAUAAAAAAUUA